AUUCGCUGCAUAUUUUAUUAUAUACAAAAAAUUGAGCAAAGGCUAAGAAUCGCGCCAUUUAACAGUUUCAUAUUUUUUUCUCUUAUAUUUGUGAAUCGGUAAAAAAGAAAAAAAACAAGUGACGCUUGAUGGAAUGUCUUAAUGAAAUAGACAAUUUGUCAUCCGACUGCUUCGCAUAUUUCUUUGCUCUCUCUUACUGAUCUGUCACUCGCGCGUUCCCUAUCCAGCCCUCUUCUUUUCCCUCCCAUCUCUCCCUCCUCCUUCUCCUUCUCCUUUCUCCUGCUGUUCCGGUGCAAAGUCUCGAUCAUAAAAUCAGCAUAAUUCUUGCUGCUCAUGCCCGAUAAACAUAUGCACGUCACGAUAACGCGACAUAAUUAACGCGAAGCAAGAAAUUUCAAUAUAAUAUAAAAAAAUGGCAUUCCGUGAGUUGGUGGAAGGAGAUUGUGGAGGUCCCAGCUCGUUGAUGCGCCUUGCAUCACAUUAUGUGCAAGAUCAUGGCUUCAAGGAGGAAGGAAUUCAUCAGCCAUUCAAUCCUUCUGAGGCUUUUCAAGCACAGGAUGCAGAUCAGUUAGUGCAACAAUUCUUAGAAGAACCCACUUGCCCGCAGACAUUUCGAAUGGACAAUUUACUUCAAGAAAUGAGAGAAAUUGAUCAAAAUAUCUAUCCUCCGAUAGCAGCACCUGGAGUCAUUAAAGAAUUAAGUGAUCUGGACUCAGCUUGGGAAAAUAUAUGUUUUAAAUCUGCCAAGCAAUUGGAGGAAUUUCAAGUGAAUAAAACAUGGAAUACACCUUUAAUGCCACCUGUGCAGGAGGAAAACACACAGUUACCUGAGACUCACAAACUUGGUCUGGAUUCAAAAUGGAUGGAAGAAUAUUUAGAACAUAGCAUAAACAGUGUACAAGACAAUGUUAACAAAGACAAUGCUGUUCAAGUCAUAAAAGAUGAAGAUCCAAACUUUGCGUACUCAAAGUUCAUGAAAUUCAUGAAACAAGAAGGUGACAUUCCAAUAAAAACUACUCAAACAGAGUUAGCCAACUUGGAUAAUCCAAUUGAAGAAUGGAUAGAGCAAUAUCAGGCAGAUCAACAAAAAAUAGAAGAUAGUUCAACUAAUAGCAAUAUUAAUGAUAGUACAAUUUUGAACAAGGUAGAAGAAGAAUUAGAAGUCGCAGGUACAUGGAUAGAUGAAUUUAUGAAGGAAAAUCCUUCCUCAGAAUAUAAUUUAGAUUCAUUAUGGAAACGAUUUCAAGACGAAUGGGACAAGGUAUCCGCAGAUGGGGUUUCCUCUACGCACCCAUGGGUAUCCGAAUUUGACACUUAUUACGAUCCAUUCAAUAAGGAAUAUGAAUUUUGUGAAACCAAUCCUAUGAAGGAUUUACCAAAUGCACUGGCAGAAGGCAAGAAACGAUUAGAAGCGGGUGAUUUGCCGAGCGCUGUACUUUGUUUCGAGGCAGCUGUUCAACAAGAUGAAAAUAAUACCGAAGCUUGGCUACUGCUCGGUAAAACACAAGCUGAGAAUGAGCAAGAUCCUUUGGCCAUCUCCGCUUUAAAUCGUUGUCUCUGCUUGGAUCCAUCUAACAGUGUUGCUCUAAUGGCGUUAGCAGCUUCUUAUGCAAAUGAAUCUUAUCAGAAGCAGGCCUGUCUAACAUUAAAGGAGUGGUUACUAAAGAAUGAAAAAUAUAAACAUCUAUCAGUUCCAGAGUCUAAUCUUACAAGAGACAACCAUGCAAAUUUCAGUGUGUCUACUUUAUUAUACGAUAAAGUAUACGAUGAAGUCAAAGAUUUAUAUAUUCAGGCAGCGAGAAUGAAUCCUCGGGAUGAAAUUGAUGCCGAUAUACAGUGCGGAUUAGGUAUAUUGUUUAAUUUAUCGAGCGAUUACAACAAAGCUGUGGAUUGUUUCCAAGCAGCAUUACAAGUACACCCAGAUGAUUCCAGAUUAUGGAAUAGAUUAGGUGCCACCUUGGCUAACGGCCAGCGAUCGGCGGAAGCUGUAAACGCGUACCAUCGUGCCUUGGAGCUAUCGCCGGGAUUUAUUCGAGCACGUUACAAUCUCGGCAUAUCUUGCGUUAAUCUAGGAGCGUAUAAAGAGGCAGGUGAGCAUCUCUUGACAGCCUUAAAUCAACAAGCUGCAGGAAGAGGCCCACAGACCAGCAAUGUAUCUACUAAAGCAAUGUCAAAUACAAUAUGGUCCACGUUAAGAUUAGUUAUAUCAUUGAUGCAUAAAUAUGAAUUGAUGGAAGCUGUAGAAAACAGAGAUCUACUCAAGUUAAAUAAGGAGUUCGAAAUUAUAUAGACACAUCUGUAUAAUAAAUGACAUAAUUUUUAUAUAAAUUAUUUUGGGUACAGGUAAGAAACGAAAAAAAAAUAGUUCCAAUAUAUUUCAGCAAAGUUUAACUAGCAGAAUUAAAAUCUAAAAUAUUUUAAAUAACACAAAAAAUAUAUAUAUUUUAAAUA